AUGGGUAACAGAUCGUCCUCCAAAGUUAACCAUGGCCGGUUCCCGCCCAACACGGCGUCCAGAUGCGUCACCGAGACCUUAACCGUGUCUCACGAUUUCGAGGUGACCAAUUACCCAAUGCUCGUCGGCAUGGGUGUUGGCAAGUUCGUCAGCUCGAGCACAUUCAGCGUUGGUGGAUACCUAUGGAAUAUCAGGCUCUACCCGGACGGAGUCAUGAAGGAUUAUACCGGGAAGAUGUCAGUGUUAUUAUAUUAUCUCAGCUCAGCGAACGAUGUGAGGACGAAAUUCUCAUUAAACAUUCUGAAGAAAAAAGGCCAUGGAAAACUAACCAACUACCCUCUGCUCGACUACGUCUUUUCUGCGGAAAGUAGAGGUUAUGGAUACAGCUCAAUCUUCGACAACUCGAAGCUGAAUUCAUCAUCGCACCUGGACCAUGGACGCUUGACGAUAAGGUGCGUUCUCACAAUCAUAAAAACAAAUCCCUCGGAGCCUACGACGAACUCGAACCUCGUCGUGGCUGCACAGCCGAAUGUGCAAGACCAUCUCAAGCUCAUGCUCACGGAUGGAGAUGGCGCGGAUGUGACAUUCAGUGUCCGUGGCCAACUGUUCAAUGCCCACCGGUGCUUGUUGGCUGCACGGUCUCCCGUUUUCAAGGCCCAGCUGUUUGGUCCGAUGAAAGAGACGUCAACUCAUGGCAUCAUGAUUCAUGAUAUGGAGCCACAAAUCUUCGGAGCACUUCUUCACUUCAUAUACACGGAUUGCAUGACCGAUGACUACAAGGAAGGGCAAACUAGAAAUCUGCAACACCUGCUAGUGGCCGCGGAUCGAUACGGAGUGGACAGGUUGCGGCUCAUGUGUGAAGGUAGGCUGUGUGAUAGCAUCGACGUGAAAACCGUUGCCACCACGUUGGUUUUAGCUGAGCAGCAUAACUGUCAGGUUCUUAGAAAAGCUUGUGUCGACUUUGUAGCCUCAAGAAACGCACUAGAUGCAGUCAUGAAAACAGAAGGAUUCAAGCAUCUUAAGGCAAGCUGUCCUCAGCUCAUACCGGCGAUUUUGGCUAGGAUCUCCUACACCUGGUGUCAAGUUUCUAAGUGA